GUUCCUGCAGCUACCGCUGCCUCCACUGGGAAGCACGAGCCCUGGCAGGCGGGCGCUCUCCGGCGUCGCGCUGACGUCACGCGCGUGCUGACGUCGCCGGCGGCCGCGGCUUCUAGAGCGGGCUGGGGCUCGGGGGGCGCCGAGUUUGACUGGUUUGGGGUCCGCUGGGCGCUUGGCGCAGCUUCCGCCCACCCCCGCGCCCCAGGAGCCGCGCCCCGGGCUGGCCGAGCGCAUCCCGCGGGCUCCCACGGGGACUCGCCCUGGCGGCUGGGCGACGCUCGGCGAAAGUUGGCCCCUCGCGGGAGGGCUGGCCGGCGGGCGGGCGGCGGCCGCAGCUAUGGAGCCCCGCAGCAUGGAGUACUUCAGCGCCCAGGUGCUGCAGAAGGACGUGGGCAGCCGGCUGCAGGUGGGCCAGGAGCUCGUGCUCUACCUUAGCUCUCCUGGAGCCAUCCCGGACCUGGGGGACGACCUGAGCCGCCUGGGCAAGACCGUGGACGCGCUCACCGGCUGGGUGGGCUCGAGCAACUACCGGGUAUCAUUAAUGGGAUUGGAAAUUUUAAGUGCCUUUGUGGACAGAUUAUCAACACGAUUUAAAUCCUAUGUAGCAAUGGUUAUUGUAGCUUUAAUAGACAGAAUGGGAGAUGCCAAAGACAAAGUUCGAGAUGAAGCUCAAGCUCUGAUAUUGAAGUUAAUGGAUCAAGUAGCACCACCCAUGUAUGUUUGGGAACAGUUGACUUCUGGUUUUAAGCACAAGAAUUUUCGAUCUCGAGAAGGCGUGUGUCUGUGUCUUAUUGAAACCUUGAACACUUUUGGGGCUCAGCCACUAGCCAUCAGCAAGUUGGUACCACAUUUGUGUAUCCUAUUUGGUGAUUCAAAUACUCAGGUGAGAGACGCUGCAAUAUUGGCUAUGGUGGAGAUUUACAAACAUGUAGGAGAGAAAGUGAGGAUUGAUCUUUAUGAGAGAGGAAUCCCCCCUGCUAGAUUAGAAAGAAUAUUUGCCAAAUUUGAUGAAGUACACAAUUCGGGUGGUAUGAUAUUGAGUGUCUGCAAAGAUAAAAGCUUUGAUGAUGAGGAAUCAGUGGAUGGAAAUAGGCCAUCAUCAGCUGCUUCAGCCUUCAAGGUUCCUGCACCUAAAACAUCCGGUAAUCCUGUCAACAGUGCAAGGAAGCCUGGUUCAGCAGGUGGCCCUAAGGUUGGAGGUGCUUCGAAAGAAGGAGGUGCUGGAGCAGUUGAUGAAGACGAUUUUAUAAAAGCUUUUACAGAUGUCCCUUCUAUUCAGAUCUAUUCUAGUCGAGAACUUGAAGAAACAUUAAAUAAAAUUAGGGAAAUUUUGUCAGAUGACAAACAUGACUGGGAUCAACGUGCCAAUGCACUUAAGAAAAUUCGAUCACUCCUUGUUGCUGGAGCUGCACAGUAUGAUUGCUUUUUCCAACAUUUACGCUUGUUGGAUGGAGCUCUUAAACUAUCAGCUAAGGAUCUUAGAUCCCAGGUUGUUAGAGAAGCUUGCAUUACUGUAGCCCAUCUUUCAACAGUUUUGGGCAACAAGUUUGAUCAUGGGGCUGAAGCCAUUGUACCUACCCUUUUUAAUCUUGUCCCCAAUAGUGCAAAAGUCAUGGCAACUUCUGGAUGUGCAGCAAUCAGAUUCAUCAUUCGGCAUACUCAUGUACCCAGACUUAUCCCUUUAAUAACAAGCAAUUGCACAUCAAAAUCAGUUCCUGUAAGGAGGCGUUCAUUUGAAUUUUUAGAUUUGUUGUUACAAGAGUGGCAGACUCAUUCAUUGGAAAGACAUGCAGCUGUCUUAGUUGAAACUAUUAAGAAGGGAAUUCAUGAUGCUGAUGCUGAGGCCAGGGUGGAGGCAAGAAAGACAUACAUGGGCCUCAGAAACCACUUUCCUGGUGAAGCAGAAACAUUAUAUAAUUCCCUUGAGCCAUCUUAUCAGAAAAGUCUUCAAACUUAUUUAAAGAGUUCUGGUAGUGUAGCAUCUCUUCCACAGUCAGACCGGUCCUCAUCUAGCUCACAAGAAAGUCUCAAUCGCCCUUUUUCUUCUAAAUGGUCUACAGCAAAUCCAUCAAGUGUGGCUGGAAGAGUAUCAGCAGGCAGCAGCAAAGCCAGUUCCCUUCCAGGAAGCCUGCAGCGUUCUCGAAGUGACAUUGAUGUGAAUGCUGCUGCUGGUGCCAAGGCACAUCAUGCUGCUGGACAAUCUGUGCGAAGUGGACGGUUAGGGGCAGGCGCCCUGAAUCCAGGUUCCUAUGCAUCAUUGGAGGAUACUUCUGACAAGAUGGAUGGAACAGCAUCUGAAGAUGGCCGAGUGAGAGCAAAGCUUUCAGCACCACUUGCUGGCAUGGGAAAUGCCAAGACAGAUUCUAGAGGAAGAAGUCGAACAAAAAUGGUGUCUCAGUCACAGCCUGGCAGCCGAUCUGGGUCUCCAGGAAGAGUUUUGACCACAACAGCCCUCUCUACUGUGAGCUCUGGUGUUCAAAGAGUCCUGGUCAAUUCAGCAUCCACACAGAAAAGAAGCAAGAUACCAAGGAGCCAGGGCUGUAGCAGAGAGGCUAGUCCAUCUAGGCUUUCAGUGGCUCGAAGCAGUCGUAUUCCUCGACCAAGCGUGAGUCAAGGAUGCAGCCGGGAAGCUAGUCGGGAAAGUAGCAGGGACACUAGUCCGGUUCGCUCUUUUCAGCCCCUCGGUCCAGGUUAUGGGAUCAGCCAAUCAAGUCGACUGUCAUCUUCUGUCAGUGCCAUGCGAGUCCUGAACACAGGUUCUGACGUGGAGGAGGCAGUAGCAGAUGCCUUGAAAAAACCUGCUCGAAGAAGAUAUGAAUCAUAUGGAAUGCAUUCAGAUGAUGAUGCCAACAGUGAUGCUUCUAGUGCUUGUUCAGAACGUUCCUACAGUUCUCGAAAUGGUAGUAUUCCUACAUAUAUGAGGCAGACAGAAGAUGUGGCAGAAGUCCUCAAUAGAUGUGCUAGUUCCAAUUGGUCAGAACGGAAGGAAGGCCUCCUGGGUCUGCAGAACUUAUUAAAAAAUCAGAGAACACUAAGUCGAGUUGAACUGAAAAGAUUGUGUGAAAUUUUUACAAGAAUGUUUGCUGAUCCUCAUGGCAAGAGAGUAUUCAGCAUGUUUUUGGAGACUCUAGUAGAUUUUAUACAAGUCCACAAAGAUGAUCUUCAAGAUUGGUUAUUUGUACUGCUGACACAACUACUUAAAAAAAUGGGUGCUGAUUUGCUUGGGUCUGUUCAGGCAAAAGUUCAGAAAGCCCUAGAUGUUACAAGAGAAUCUUUCCCAAAUGAUCUCCAGUUUAAUAUUCUAAUGAGAUUUACAGUUGAUCAGACUCAGACACCAAGCCUGAAGGUAAAGGUUGCCAUCCUUAAAUACAUAGAAACUCUGGCCAAACAAAUGGAUCCAGGAGAUUUUAUAAAUUCCAGUGAAACUCGCCUGGCAGUGUCUAGGGUCAUCACUUGGACAACAGAACCCAAAAGUUCUGAUGUUCGGAAGGCAGCACAAUCAGUGCUGAUUUCUUUAUUUGAACUCAAUACCCCAGAGUUUACAAUGUUACUAGGAGCUUUACCAAAAACUUUUCAAGAUGGUGCUACCAAACUUCUUCAUAAUCACCUUCGAAACACCGGCAAUGGAACCCAGAGUUCCAUGGGGAGUCCUUUGACAAGACCAACUCCACGAUCACCAGCCAACUGGUCCAGUCCUCUUACUUCUCCUACCAAUACAUCACAAAAUACUUUAUCGCCAAGUGCAUUUGAUUAUGACACAGAAAAUAUGAACUCUGAAGAUAUUUAUAGCUCUCUUAGAGGUGUCACUGAAGCAAUCCAAAAUUUCAGCUUCCGUAGUCAAGAAGACAUGAAUGAGCCAUUGAAAAGGGAUUCUAAAAAGGAUGAUGGUGAUUCAAUGUGUGGUGGUCCCGGGAUGUCAGACCCAAGAGCAGGAGGUGAUGCUACUGACUCAAGCCAAACAGCUCUUGAUAAUAAAGCUUCGUUGCUCCACUCGAUGCCAGUUCACUCCUCUCCACGCUCUCGAGACUAUAAUCCCUAUAACUAUUCAGAUAGCAUCAGUCCCUUCAACAAGUCUGCCCUCAAGGAAGCCAUGUUUGAUGAUGAUGCUGACCAGUUUCCUGAUGAUCUUUCCCUAGACCAUUCUGACCUAGUUGCAGAGUUGUUGAAGGAACUCUCCAACCACAAUGAACGUGUAGAAGAAAGAAAAAUUGCCCUCUAUGAACUCAUGAAACUGACACAGGAAGAAUCUUUCAGUGUUUGGGAUGAACACUUCAAAACAAUAUUGCUUUUAUUGCUUGAAACCCUUGGUGAUAAAGAGCCUACAAUCAGGGCUUUGGCAUUAAAGGUUUUAAGAGAAAUAUUAAGGCAUCAACCAGCAAGAUUUAAAAACUAUGCAGAACUGACUGUCAUGAAAACGUUGGAAGCACACAAAGAUCCUCAUAAAGAAGUGGUGAGAUCUGCUGAGGAAGCUGCAUCAGUAUUGGCUACUUCCAUUAGUCCAGAGCAGUGCAUCAAAGUGCUUUGUCCUAUCAUCCAGACUGCAGAUUACCCAAUUAAUCUGGCUGCAAUCAAAAUGCAAACAAAAGUGAUAGAGAGAGUAUCCAAGGAAACUCUUAACCUACUUUUGCCAGAGAUUAUGCCAGGCUUAAUACAGGGUUAUGAUAAUUCGGAGAGCAGUGUUCGGAAAGCUUGCGUCUUCUGCCUGGUAGCUGUUCAUGCGGUAAUUGGUGAUGAACUGAAACCACAUCUCAGUCAGCUCACUGGCAGCAAAAUGAAGCUACUGAAUCUUUACAUCAAACGUGCACAAACAGGUUCUGGAGGAGCUGAUCCCACUACUGAUGUUUCUGGACAAAGUUAGUGAAGUUCAUCAAAGUAACCAGGAAUCUCUAAGAAAGGACAGACAGACUACCCUCAUCAAUGAAAGGAAAUUCUCAAAUACACCUUAUGAAACAUAACCAUUGUUUCCCAGUUUUAGUUUUUUGUUUUGUUUUGUUUUAUAUUUUCUGUUACAGAGGGCUAUCCUCAAUCUGCAUGUAACUUUUAUGAUAGUUAUUCCAAAUUCAAGAAGAAACAGUAUUAACAUCAAUUGAUCAAUACAAAGUAAUUUUUAAAUCUAAUUCAUCAUUUCACAUGUUUGUACUUCUUUGUCUUCCCAUUAACCUUUGCCAGUGUUACGAUUGUAUAAUUUUUUUAAAUGCUGGUUAAACAGGAAUGCUUAAAGCUUUAAAAGUUCAACAGUCUAAAACAUUUUAUUCAAUUGCAGAAUAAUAUUUUUAUUGCUUCUUUGAGUUUUGUUCUGUAUCAUGUCGUAUGCUAGAAAUAUUGAAAAUGAUGUGAAACAAAGCAAGACUAAUUUGAACUUCAGCCAGACUCUGUUGGUGUGGUGGUGAUACAUGUCAUUAGUUGCAACUUCUUUGGGGUGGUCUAUAGUUUAAAACUAAGACCUCAAAGAGAAAUGUUACAGAAUCAGCCAGUUCUGUAAAACUGAUAUGUUUGUUGGUUAUUGAUCUUGCCAUCUUUAUUUAAAACCACAUCCCUCUAUGAUCCCUUAAGAAAGCUCCACCAAAUCAUCUGCCUGGUUUUUUUCUUGAUAUUAUUAAAAUAGAAGGUUUUAUUGCAGGGUUUUUUGGUUAUCUUUGUUGUGAAUGAUGCUUUUUUGUAUUUAUUAAUAUCAAAUUCACUUAUGAAUAAACUUGAUAAUGGAAACAGACAAAAAAAAUCAAGUGCGUGUGUGUCUUUGACUGUAUUCUGUUUCUCAUUUAAUAAACAAACUAAUUAUUGAGACAUGUGAGUUGACCAGCACCUAAACGGUGGAACCUGGUUUCCUUUGACCAUGCAGUUAUAUUACUUGAAAACAUGAUCCUGAUGAGAGAGAAGAUGGUGCCAAGGCUAUCUUGUAUAAUGGGCGCAAAUUCUCUACCUCUUCAGGGCCAAUACCUUUAACUGAGCUGCUGCCUGUAAUGUCUUUUGGAAGACUUUUAAAGGGUGAUUUUCUGUUACUUUUUAACAACAACAAAAAAAAAUUUAAUCACCUUUUUCUAAACCUGUUCUUUUCGUGUGCAGCCAACUUUCUAAGAUUAACAGUUUGGGUGAAAGGCCAAAUUAGAUCAUAUGGAACCAGGAUACUAAUGAUUUUUCAUCUUGACUUUUUUUUUUUUUUUUUAAUCCUAACAUAAAGUGAAUUUGACUGGAAAAGCAAAUGGCUACUAGGGAAGCAAUUUGCUGUUGUUACAGUUAUCUGUACUUUGUUUAAAUGAAAAAAGUGUAGAAAUAUAUGUAAAGAAUUUAAGACAAGAGAACUAAAUGGAUGAUUUGUCAUAGGCUUUUCCCUUCCUUUGUUUCUGUUUUAGCAGCAACAAAAUAAUUUCUCUAUCUCCUCUCCCCCUUACCUGUAACAAUUUUGUUUUCUACUGUUAAUUACAUUGUGUAUUUAUAGUUCUAUGCUUACUGUUGUGCAUAUACUGGCAAUAAAACUGUACAUAACAUACUUGAAAAAGUUAAUAAUGUAUAACAGCUGUUUUUCUGUCUUAUUGUGUAAUAAGUCACAAAGAUUGUGGAGUUUUUCUGAUUUUAGAAGGUCUUGUAUUAAUGAUGUUCUCAAGAAUUUUGUAAGUGCACCUGAGGAGAAAAGUAGCAACCAUGAUCCAAUGUACAUAGCUAUUUACACAUGUGUAUAUAUAUUAUGGCUUACUUUAAGAAGAAAAGGCAUUUUAAAUAUUGAA